GGACAGAGAGGCUGGAGGUGGUUGUGCUAGUAUCAAUGAAAUCAUAUUUUGUUGGUAUUAAAGGAUAAGGGUCGGUUGUUGUGGUCAAGCUCCUGCAUCCUCUCUCUGUAACCGUUGCCAUUUCCAUGAUAAACUCUUCUAACGCGGAGUCUAUUUCUUCUCUCCGCUCCUCCUGAGUUCUGUAUAUCUCCUUUAGAUUAAAUUCGAUCCGUUCAUUGGUUAUAGCUCGCACCCAGUACAACUAUAGAUAGCGUAAACACAGAGAGAGAGAGAGAGAGAGAGAGAGAGAUAUGAGCACGACGGUUCCUGCGACCCGCACGCGUGUGGGGAAAUACGAGAUCGGUAAAAUGCUUGGGGAAGGCAGCUUCGCCAAGGUGAAGUAUGCCAAAAACAUUGAGACCGGCGAUAGCGUAGCCAUUAAAGUCCUCGAUAAAGAUCAUGUCCUCCGUCACAAGAUGGUGGAACAGAUACAAAGAGAAAUUUCAACCAUGAAGCUUAUCAAGCACCCUAACGUCAUCCAAAUCCACGAGGUGAUGGCGAGCAAGACAAAGAUAUACAUUGUGCUUGAAGUUGUUGAUGGAGGAGAGCUUUUCGACAAAAUAGUGAAAAAUGGGAGACUUAAAGAAGAUGAAGCUAGGAGAUAUUUCCAGCAGCUAAUUAAUGCUGUGGAUUACUGUCAUAGUAGAGGCGUGUACCACAGAGAUUUGAAGCCUGAAAAUUUGCUUCUCGAUUCUUAUGGUGUUCUUAAAAUUUCAGACUUUGGAUUGAGUGCAUUUUCACAGCAAAUACGGGAUGAUGGGCUACUACAUACUGCCUGUGGGACGCCAAAUUAUGUUGCUCCUGAGGUGCUCAGGGAUAAAGGUUAUGAUGGUACAGCAGCUGAUAUUUGGUCUUGUGGGGUAAUUCUUUUUGUUCUUAUGGCUGGGUUCUUGCCUUUUGAUGAGCCAAACAUCAUGGCUUUAUAUAGAAAAUUACAUAGGGCUGAUUUCAAGUGCCCACCAUGCUUUUCAUCUGGUGCCAAAAACUUGAUAAAUCGUAUUCUUGACCCAAAUCCUCUCACGCGGAUAACAAUUCCAGAAAUCUUGGAAAAUGAAUGGUUUAAGAAAGGGUACAGGCCACCAAACUUUGAGCAACGGGAAGUUGUCAGCCUUGAUGAUGUAGAUGCUGUUUUUAAUGACUCAAAGGAACACCUUGUGACUGAAAAGAAAGAGAGACCUGUAUCAAUGAAUGCAUUCGAGCUUAUUUCUAGAUCGCAAAGCUUCAAUCUCGAGAAUUUAUUUGAAAAGCAGAAGGGUCUUGUGAAGCGAGAGACGCACUUUACCUCUCAGUUCCCUGCUCAUGAGAUUAUGUCUAAGAUUGAGGAAACUGCAAAGCCUCUUGGUUUCAAUGUGUGCAAGCAAAACUACAAGAUGAAGUUGCGAGGUGACAAAACUGGAAGGAAAGGCCACCUUUCAGUAGCUACAGAGUAUAAUAAUAGGGGAGACCUUCCUAAACCACCACCAUUUUGAAGCAUGUGGACAGUCGAUGUGGCAAUUCUAAUCAUCCAAGGCAAAGCAUAUGGUCCGGAUUAUCCAUAUGUAAAAUUUCAUUCUCAAAUUAAAUAAAAUACCAUCCCAUGUAUGCCCAUGCACAGCUAUGGUACUCUGACUACUAGCAUGCACUCUUGAUUCUCACAUGGUACUGAAUUUUUCAAAGUUCUAUUUUGCCACAGGCAACCUCCUUUUGGGCUGAAACUUGACAUGUGAACAAGGGACCUAUGGUUCUACUUUUCCACAGAAUUUGGGCCCAUUCAAUAUGUCACAUGGCAGAUUUUAGGGCCAUCUGGGGUAGGCUUCUUGAACAGACUGUAGGAAAAGACUCCAUAUUUCUGAAAUAAGACAAGAUAUGGAAAAUACCGUUUAAAUGUUUGCAUACAAGUUCCAUAUUGACAGAUACAUCUCUUCUUUGCUUUAUUUUCUCUAGCUAUCUUGUAAAAUGAUGUCCCUGCUCCCUCAGAUUUGGCUGUUGCAUGGUGCCAUUAUUUUCUUUGUUCAUGCCAAUACCUGAUUUGGAUGCCUGGCCAUAGCAAGUAUUGACAGAAUGGUUUUUCCAAUUUUUUUUGUUGGUUCUUAAUCUUAUCCAUAAAUUC